AUGACGCUGACGGAACAGAAACUCCUCUUGCUCUUGUGGGACGCUAAGUCGGCGCUAUAUGUGCAAGCCGUGCAACUCUGGGCCGAACGCCAGCCACUCACCAACUCCAGAACAUUGGGCCGCCGUCUAGGAACAAAGUUGAGUGAAAAGAUUCAGAAGGCAAUCCAAAGUCGCCGUGGGCCAAUCAACAAACUCAUCGCGCAUUACAACACUCAAUUUGAUCAUUACGUGGCCAAGUUUCCAAGAGAACAAGUGGCCCACGCAGAAAAUCAUCCAUUAACGUACGAGGCAGUGGACGAAGAGCUGGAUUUAAUAACUCAAGAACUGGCGCGGGCAAUGUCUUGGGGAGUAGCUAUGUACACGCACAUGACAGACUACAUCAAAUACAUUCGAUCUCAGGAGGAGUGGCUCUAG